AUGUUGUCUCUUUCCAUUGCCGCGUUGCACAGCAGCAGCAUGACCUCCACUGAAAUGAACAUGACGACCAAGGUCAUCUUCUACGAGGACAGGAACUUCCAGGGCCGCUCCUAUGAGUGCAUGAGCGACUGCUCCGACAUGUCGUCCUACAUGAGCCGCUGCCACUCCUGCAGGGUGGAGAGGGGCUGCCUCAUGGUCUACGACCGCUCCAACUUCAUGGGCAACCAGUACUUCAUGAGGAGGGGCGAGUACCCCGACUGCAUGGGCAUGAUGGGCAUGAGCGACUGCAUCCGGUCCUGCAGGAUGAUCCCCAUGCACCGAGGAUCCUACCGGAUGAGGAUGUACGAGAGGGAGAACUUCGGAGGGCAGAUGUUCGAGCUGAUGGACGACUGCGACAACAUCACGGACCGCUACCGCAUGAGCAACUGCAUGUCCUGCAACGUGAUGGACGGCCACUGGCUGAUGUACGAGCAGCCGCACUUCAGAGGCAGGAUGAUGUACAUGAGGCCCGGCGAGUACCGCAGCUUCAUGAACAUGGGCUUCGGCGGCACGAGGUUCAUGAGCAUGAGGCGCAUCACUGACUCCUGCUACUAG